CGGAACUCGUCUACUUCCAUUAUCGCGCGAAGCUUCGUCGUCAUAGUGGCUGAAAAGACCGGCGACCUGGAGGUUAUUUUUCAGAAGUACUGAAGAACAGAAAUACGUCUACAAGUCCGAUGUCCGAUUCGAGACGGAGGGCUACCAGAGGCAGUCAGGAUGAAGCUGUUGGUCAUACUAAUGGAGUGGGUGGGCGCAGUAGACCUGAAAGGGCAACGGACACGGGUGAAGAAGACGAAGGUGCCGGUCCAUCAGGGAUUCAAGAGGAAUAUGAUGAUCCUGCCCAGCGCAGGGAGAUCAGAAGCCAGUACAGGGAUCUCAUCAACUCUGUUCAGCAAAACCGUGAAGAUAUGCUAAAUCCUGCCAACAAUAAACUGUUUGACGUGUUAGAAGAGGCCAACAAACUGUUUGCUAAUGUCAGGCAGGCUCGGGAGGCUGCACUCGAUGCUCAGCUGCUUGUCCUAGCCACAGACCUGGGGAGAGAAAAAGCCAGCCAGCUGCAUGCUGAGGGCUCGGCUUUUGACCCGUCUGCAUUUGCAGAGCAUUUGUUGUCCUUCAUGGGUCUUAAUCGCUUGGAAGAGGAGGAUGGUGAUGCCACUUUGGAUGGAUAUAUGCCUUCAGAUGCUUGGCAGCGACUUUCCAAAAGAGCAAAUCAUUGCUUCAAAACAGCCCCUUCAUUCCACUAUAUGUUUGGCUCAUUUCUGGCUGAACCGCCACCGCCAAGGCAGCGGGUUGAGAGACAAAGGAAAGCUCCUAGCAAAGAAGCGAAACGAAUAAUGCCCACUCAGCUAAGGAAAAUGGAAGAAUCACAUCAGGAAGCUACAGGGAAAGAGGUGGAGAGGAUUUUUGGGUGCCUUCAAGGUCACUUUGCUGAUGACCCACAGUCCCCCAUAUUGUAUUACGAGUUUGUUGUUGACCCUACCUCCUUUUCCCGGACAGUGGAGAACAUUUUCCACACCUCAUUUCUUAUUAGAGAUGGCAUUGCAAGGAUUUAUCUAAACAGUGACGGACUUCCUUGUAUAGCUCCAGUUGAGGAGGGCGAGUUAGAGCCCGGUGGUGCCAGCACCCGUCAUCAGUGUGUCAUCUCAAUCAGUCCAGCUAGCUGGAGGGAGAUCAUUAAGGCCUUUGAUAUUAAGGAGGCAUUGAUUCCAUCCUUAGAAGUAUUGUCACAAGAAGGCUGAUUAAAGAAAUGGAACACAAAUUUGUUUUUUUCGUGACUCACUUUUAAGUAAAAUAUUUUAGUUUUAUUUAAAAUUUUUAAGUGUACAAGAUAUAUGUAAAAUGCACUGAAGGUCAGACUUUUUUAUAAUGUAAGAAAAGUGUAUGUUACAAUGUUAAUAUUGUAAAAUAAAGUUUACAUGUUUUUCAAAAACAACUGUGACCAUUUUGGUCAGUUCAGUGGCUGACUUGAACAGUGUGACUUACAUUAUAAACGCUACGGAUUUUAUACAUUUUUUGAUCAAGUGAUGCCACCCAGUGGAGAAUAAUUUUAUAACUAUUUUUGUAACUAUUAAAUAAACAUAUAAAUUCUUUGUAUUUUAAAAUGGUUUAAAUGCUUUUCAGUAACCACACAAUAAUCCAUACUGACAAAUUUUU